AUGGCUAUGUGGGAGUGUACUCGGAAUGAACGCAGGAAAUUAUGGCAAGCUUUGGAGGAUUUACAUCCUGGGGAUCACCAUUGGAUUGUGGUGGGGGAUUUUAACGUGAUUAGAGAGGAUGGGAAGAGGAUUAGAGGUAAUCCUGGAGUCAUGGAUGAGUUCAAUUCUUGCUUGGAUAACUGUGAACUCAUGGAAAUGUCUUUUAGUGGGAGGAGGUUCUCAUGGUGUAAUGAUCAUAAAGGUCACUCUCAUAGCUGGGCAAGGCUUGAUAGAGCGGUUAUGAAUACGAGUUUCUUUAAUACUUUCCCUAAUACUCAUUUGGAGUAUCUAAUGAGGAAGUUGUCGAAUCAUAGUCUUAUUGUUAUCAAUUUUGACAAAUUGGAGAUGAGGAAUGGCCCGUCACCUUUUCGCGUGGGUUGA